GACAUGCUUAAUUUUUUUUAAUGAACCGCGUGGGAUUUAAACAUUUAAACUGGAUUUUAAUUUCAUCGUGUGUACAUUAUACAUCACAUUAUUAAAUUUCUCAUGCAGAUUUAAGAAAAGCCACAGCUGAAAUAGAAAGUUUCUUUAAAAUUGCUGCUCAGUGCUUGUUUUCUAUCCCAGAGGGCUGCACUCAGUUGAAGUCUUCACUGGAAGGUGUGCGGAUGACUGCAGAUGGCAUCUUCAUCAUUGAUGAGUCGAGUCCAACAGAAAACACACCUGUAGACCCCUCAGACCUCAGUUGUUCAGUAAGAGCUCUUCAGCAGGACUUAGAUGAACUAAAGAGUGUUAAUGAAUCACUGAGGAAAGAGAAUCACAGUCUGAGGGAACAACUCAACACAGCCAGGAAUGGUGGCGAGGGUGCGCGUAGUCGCUCGGUGCGUCCCAGCUGUGAUGCAGAGUUUGCCCGCGCUCUGAAGGUUUUCUAUCACAGCAUGACUUCAGUAAGAGGUCAGCUGCAGCGCCUGCGCAGACACAGGCCCAGCGUACGUAUUCACGUGUUAUCUUCUGUCUUAGCAUGAGUUAGUGUUACUACAAUGUGGACAUGCUUAAAAUCCUUAAAAUAGUGAAUCAGCACAGAAUGAAAUAUUGACCUGUUUCAUCACAUUAUUAGC